AUGGCCCCGCGCGGCGCGGCGCCGAUCCUGCCGCUGGCGCUCGCUCUGACCGCCGUGGCCGCGGUGUCCUGGGCACGGGGACCGUCGGGCACGCUCUGGUUCCGGCAGGGCUGCGCCGCGCUGGGCCGCUGCUGCCCGGGCCGUGACCCGACCUGCGCGGCCCGCGGGCCCCCUCGCUGCUUCUGCGAUCAGGCGUGCAGAGAGGUCCGGGACUGCUGCCCCGACUACGCGCGGGCCUGCCCAGCGGUCUCCUGCGUCGUGGCAGAGUGGAGCGGCUGGAGUCGUUGUGUCAAGCCCUGCCAGGUCUCUUACCGUCUCCGCCAAAGGCGUGUCCUGCAGGAGCCAAGGAACGGGGGUGCUCCCUGCCCCCCAUUGGAAGAGCGGGCUGGCUGCGUGGAGUACUGGAGCCACCAGGGGGUGGAGUGCCAACAGUCCUUGCUCCCUGCUCUGAUAACCACAGGCAGCUAUGGGAAAGAACGAGAAAAGCGAGGUGUCCCCAAGAAGCAGGAGAUAAUAGGGUACUGUGUCCAGUUCCGGCUGGGGCCCGUUCCAGGGAGCUGCCAGCAGGUGAGGGCACCCCAUGCCCAGUGGACAAGGUAUCUGACCCAGGGCCACACAGUUUGUGUGAGGUGUGAGUGGCCUGCCCAGGAUGCCAGGAGCCGGCGCUGCUACGGGGAUGGUGGAGGGGCCGGAGGGCACCAGCUGUCGCUGUGGCAAGCGGCCGGCCACCCCCGGUGCCGAGGGACCUGGGAGAGGCUUGGGCAGCUCCGGGACUGUUCCUGCCCCGAGGUCCACAGCCUCGUCUUCCUCUAGCAGCGGUGACCCCCGUCUGUCCAGAGCCCUUCUUUCCAAAGCCUCCCUGGGUGGCAGGGAAACCCCCAGGGCUUGGGAUCCUCCAGGAUGAGGGAGUGGGGAGAAACCUGCACAUUUGAGACUGAAGGAACAAGCCUUGUCCUUAUGCUGACACUGAAAAUAGCUUUGUGUUUCCACUGGGUGCCAGCUGAGUCACAGCCUUAACUGCCAUCUCCCUCUAGUUCAGGGCUUCCCAAAUUUCAUCUCCUAAAUACACCCUUCUUCAUUUUGCCCUAUUUUCCUUACCUGUACCUUUUUUUUUUUUUGACACCCCACCUCAUCCUUUUUUUAUUUACUUAAAUAAAUUGUUUUAAAAGGAAGCUUAUACUUACAUAUAUGUGUAUAAAUAGGAAAUUUAAAAAAAAUCACAACUAGAAAUGAAAAUAAAUAAUAGUAGCAAACAUUUAUUAAGUACCUACAGUGUGCCAAGCCCUGUCCUGGCCCUUUACACAUACUGACUCAUUGGAUCCUGAGUUAGGUGCAGUUAUUAUCGCCGUUUUACAUGGGCGGAAACUGAGGCACAGAGAGGUUAAGUUACUUGCCCCAGGACACACAGCUAGUGAGUGGCAGAGUGGGGAUUUGAAACCCAUGAGCUACACCUACUGCUAAGAUUUUCUGCACUAGCAGUACAUCAGCUCCAGGAGGGCAAGGUUUUCGGUCUGUCUUGUUCCCUGCUGUGUCCCCUGUGCCUAGAAUAGUGUCUGGCACACCAUAAUGCUCAAUAAAUAGUUGUUGAAUAAAUGAAAUGAAUAGGUGAAUGAUCAGUUGCCAUCAUUAGAAGGCAAUCAGAAAAACAAACACAAUGGAAACCAAACAAGUCUGGUGAGGUAUUGUUGCCCAAGGAGCCGAGCAUGAAGCCUGCUCUCUCGUUAUUCAAACAAGACGUUAGCAUGUGUGUGAGAGGGAGUGAGGGACACUAGUAUCUAAUAGAGACUAGGCCCUUGACAAACUAGAGGAAUUACAAGGGACUUGAAAGGGAGCGGAUUUUCUCCCCUUGGGAGUCAACUGUAAUUAAUAAGCAUUUUAACACCUUUAUUGAGAUAGAAUUCACAAUAUUAUACCAUUCCCUCAAAGUGUACAAUUCAGUCUUUUUUAGUAUAUUCGUAAGAUCGUAUAACUCGGUCUAAUUUAGAACUCUUUGUGUCGCCCUAGAAGAAGCCUUGUAACCCAUUAGCCGUUACUGCUCAUUCAUCAGACCCCUCCAGCCCUAAGCA